AUGGAACACACGAAGCAUGCCUGCAUGCUGCCUAAGCCUGCGGAUUAUGAGGACGAAGUACACCCGACGGCCAACUACUGUCAACGUAUAAGGAGUCGUAUGCGUAACCUUUUACUGCCCUGCGACUGGCACCACGGCACGCUCGUGUUCCUGAGAAGCCGGAAGAGCCUCGAGCUGGAGCGGCAGCGGCAGAUCGCCUCGGGACACUGGUUCAUCUGGCACCCGUACAGCCCGGCAAAGUUUUACUUCGAGUGCUUCCUGUGGGUGGUCAACGCUUUCUCCGGGCUUUACGCGCCGUUGCAGGUGUUUUUUCAUUGUCCAAACCCAGCGAACCCUUUAAUCUUGGCAACAGACUUCUUGACAUUCUGCGAGAUAAUUAUCAACUUUUGUUCGGGCUACAAUGACGAGAACAACCAAGAAAUUGUUCUCGAACCCAGAAAGAUUGCACGCAACUACAUCAAAGGUCCUUUCUUCAAAGAUUUGAUCGCUGCCGUACCGUGGCAACUUUACCAGCCUUUCAGUGACUGUCGGUACCCUUCGCACACAGUUUUUCUCCCAACGAAACUGCUCAGAUACACAGUAUUGUUAAAGAUACGUGAAUCGAUUAUGGAACAGCUUGAAGUCCCCUAUUUCUGCACUGUCAUAAUUACGGUCAUCAUUAGACUUCUAUUAUUUUUUAUGUGGAUGACUUAUUGGCAGUAUCAAGUGCCAGUGAUCUGCGUACAUUACUAUGACCUUAAUAACUUGGGGCGGGCAGAGGCAGAGUGGCUACGUCGUUUACACGUCGAUCCUAGGGUGGACGGGUUCACCAAAUACAUCACUAAUCUAUUCUACGUAUGCGGGAGGUGCGUCGGCGCGGGUUACGUGGCCCCGGUGCGGAACCAUGUCAUGCCGGAGAUGAUCCAAAAUUGCAUUACGGACAUCGUCAGCCUCAUAUUUUUAAUAUAUUGCUUCAUGACCAUCCUCCGUUUAAUUUUGUGUUGGCAAUCAAAUUUCAUAUUUGACGGCGCAAUGAAGGAUUUAGAGAAAUACAUGAGCGUCAAACGCCUCCCGAAGAGUUUGCAGAAUAAAAUACGAUUGUUCAUCAACUAUAAGUUUGGUAGAAGUUAUAUGGACGAGAGUUAUAUCCUGAAUACUAUCAACCAACAUAUUAAGCAAGAUAUCAACAUGCAUACAUGCCGGCGGCUGGUUGUGACAGUACCGCUGUUUAAAGGAUUUCCAAUUAUGCUGAUUAACACUAUCAUAUUCAAACUGAAGCAAGAAGUCUUUAUACCGGGACAGGAGGUGAUAAAACGUGGGCACCUGAUUGAAAACAUGUAUUUCAUUUAUUAUGGGACUGUGGUGUUUACAGAUGAACAUGGAAGUGAGGUGCUACAUUUAAACGACGGAGCACAUUUCGGCGAGGCAGCGCUUUUGCGUCCCGACGAGCCCGCGACAACGACGGUCACUGCGCUCGAGAUAAGCGAGAUAUACACGUUAGCAAUCCAAUUAUAUUACUAGCAAAGGUUUAACGUUACUUCGUUAAAGGUCAGUGCGUAUGAU